AUGGGUUGCCUACGAAAACUGAUUUUGGCCUCGUUCUUGGUGACGGUGGUGUGUUGCGUCAUUUUGCUAUUGUUAUGGAUUUGGUUGGGCAUGGAACAUAUUCCCAACCAGAUUCGGGAUCCGCGUCUCAUAAAGGAUAAAUCGUUUGAUUACAUAAUCGUCGGUGCAGGUACGGCGGGUUGUGUGUUGGCCAAUCGAUUAUCUAGUAAUCCCAACGUGACCGUAUUGCUCGUGGAAGCUGGUGAUACCUUUGGGGCGGCUUCUAUCAUUCCUCUAAUUAGCACUGCAAUGCAGGGCACGAAGUACGAUUGGGCCUUACGAACUACACCUCAAAAAUACUCAUCCCAUGGCCUAGGAAACAAUCAACAAUUGCUACCGCGCGGUAAAGGAUUGGGUGGAUCUGGUCAAAUUAACUACAUGCUGCAUUUCACGGGCAUACCGGAGGAUUUCAAGCGUUGGGAGCGUAUGGGUGCGCAUGAGUGGAACUGGCAAGCGAUGAAACCUUACCUAGAUAAGCUGGAUCACCCAACAGCGGUCGAAGAAAGCGCCGAUGACGACAUAGUGACGUGCAACCCGGAUUUCACGGGGGCUGAAUUGUACGAGACGAACGAACAUUAUACUUCAAUACUAGCCGAGAGCGACAAAGGUGCUAGUAUAAAUUUUUGCCCGCGAAAAACCUCCAACACAAAAGGCCAACCCUUCAAAACGAGUCACUUUCAUGUAACCGAGGUAGACACUCAGGAAUCCCUCCUUGCGAAAGUGUUUACAGAAGCCCCGGCGGAACUUGGAACGGACUAUAUUUUCAGACCAGCUCGGUACACUAUCCGUAACGGCAUUCGAUGGAGCAGUUAUCAUGCCUAUCUUCGGCCUGCAUUCGACCGACCGAAUCUAACCAUUCUUUCGUCUACCUCCGUCGCCAAGAUUCUUUUCGAUGAAGCCAAUCGUGCGAAAGCGGUCAUGGUGCAGGUUAUGGGAACGGAUCAAACCUCCGUAACGAUUAGGGUUCACCGAGAGGUAAUACUCAGUGCCGGCGCGUUGCAUACACCACAAAUCCUCAAACUAUCAGGAAUUGGACCCAAACUAGAAUUACGUCGUCACGGGAUCGAGCUAGUACACGAUUCUCCCCGCGUAGGAACCAACUACUUCGAUCAUCUUAAUUUGCCGCUGUUUGUGAGUAUCAACAUUACGGCCAGCGUGACGUUGGAUAAGGUCCUAUCGUUGGACUCAAUCGUGCAGUAUCUAAAACGUGGUCAGGGGAUGCUGUCAACAACGGCCGUUGCUGGUGUCGGUGGACCACGUGGUGGAUCGCAUGGUAUCAUUCUUUUCGGCAUGGGAAGCGUGGACGAACAAGCGUUGCGCCACGUCUCUAACAUGGAACAGGACACCUUUCGAGCGUUCUUUCCGUCGUACCAAAAUACCAGCCAGGAAGGGUUUCUUUUCCUAAGCACCUGCCAUCAACCACACAGCCGCGGCUCGAUAUUUCUGCGCGAUCAGCAGAUAUACAGCGCGCCAUUCUUCAACCCGAACUAUCUUAAAGACCGUAAGGAUAUCGAUUGUAUGAUGGAGGCGAUCCGACUGGCAGCGAGGACGGUUCGUACGGAGGCUUUCCGAAAGAUUGGUGCGUAUUUGCACUGGCCACGUAUCAAGCGCUGUUCGAACUUUGGGCCCCCGGAAGAUGAUUCGCAAGAGCCUUCAGACAGGUUUUUGGAAUGUAUCCUGCGUGCAUCCGCCCUGACGGGUCACCAUCCUGGUGGUACGGCGGCGAUUGGCCUCGGGGCUGAUUCCGUAAUCGACAAUCAGCUAAGAGUAAACGGUGUUCGAGGAUUACGGGUCGUAGAUGCAAGUGUGUUUCCAGCUCCGGUAUCAGGUACACCCAACUCAGUUGUAGUAGCAGUCGCAGAGAAAGGUAGCGAUUUGAUCCUUCAAAGCGAUGGACAGUGAUAUGGGGUUCGAAGUAAUUUUUUAAAUUAAGAAAUUAAUUAAUUUGAUAAAAAUGUAAGAAAAACUAUUGGUUAAAAAAAACAAAA